AUGGGAAUCAACAAUUUACUUCCAUCUGUGAAACCAGUUGUUAAACAUGGACAUAUUUCACUCUUUAGUGGUAAACGAAUAGCAAUUGAUGGAUAUGUUUGGCUUCAUCGUUCUGCAUUUGCAUGUGCAAAGCAACUUUUAGAAGAUCCUUCAACACCUUUAAUCCUUAAUUACUGCAAGAAGAAUAUUGAAAUGCUAAAAUCAAAUGGAUUACAACCAUAUUUCGUUUUUGAUGGCAGACCAUUACCAGGAAAAGCCGAAACAAACAAGGAAAGAAAAGAAAUAAGAGAAGAAGCAAAGAAAAGUAUAGAGAGUGGAGAAUCAGAUGAUCAAAUGACUUAUGCAAAAACAGUUACGAUAACUCAUGCUACUGUGAAGGUUUUAAUUGAUUAUUUGAAAGAAAUAGGCAUACCAUAUAUUGUUGCACCAUUCGAAGCUGAUGCUCAGCUUGCUUAUUUGUGUCGUAAUAAUUAUGCUGAUAUUGUUCUUACAGAAGAUACAGAUCUUAUUUGCUAUAAGUCUCCAGUAACCCUGUUUAAGCUGGACUCGAAAGGAAACGUUGAUUAUGUAAUUUACCAAGAAUUGAUUGAUUUUUUGGGGCUAAGUUCAGAUCAAUUCACUCAAUUCUGCAUUCUUAUAACUGAUGUUUAUGGAAAACAUAUUAGGAUGAUGGGAUUCAAGACCGCUCUAGAUUUGAUGAAAAAAUUAGGAGAUGCUCAUCAAGUGAUAGAUUUUGCAAGAUCAAAACCAAAAUUUACAGUUCCAGAAGGAUACGAACAAACAUUUGACCAAAGUUAUUUAAUUUUUAAUCAUCAAAUUGUAUAUGAUCCUAAUACUGAGAGCACUGUGCAUCUAACACCUACAACAAAUAAUAAUCCUAUAAUGGGAUCAACGAUGGAUAGAGAAAUGCUUAAAAAAUUGGUUACUGGAGAAAUUGAUCCUUUCACUUUGUAA